CGAAAUGUAUGAUAUAGUAGGCAUAUAAUUAAAACAUGCAACGAACAAAUAGAAUACUAGUAGUAGAAUACACACACGCACAUUGCCUGUGUUGUUACAUGUGUACAACAGCUUAACCUCCAAACCCCCCAUGGAAGCUUUGCAGCCUUGCAUGUUACUCAUUUGACCCACCCCUCAGUAGUAGUACUACCCUCUAUCUCUCUAUAUACAAAAUGAAAGGGAAUGAGAUUCAAUUAAGCAGCUAGAACAGGGGGGAGUUUACAAGUGUUGGUGGAGGGGAAGAGAUCUUGCAACCAUAAAAGAAGAAAGCAGGCGAACCAAACCAAACAUACCAAAGGGAAGCAAAGAAAAGGGCAAACAUCCAGCAAAAGUCACCAAACUUGUAAAGGGAUCGACACAUAUAUAGGAGAGCGAGGUGUCCAGUCGAGAAGGACAGCCAGGCCAAGGAGCUCCUAGCCUCCUAGCCUACACAGAGCUAAGCAAAGAGGCAAAGAGCUCAGCAAGAAGCUCCAUUAAUCCAUUCCAUAUACUCAUAUAGAGAGGAGGAGGAGGAGGAAGAGGAAGAGAGGGGAAGCAAAGCAAGAAGCUUUUUUUACUUCUCGGGUUUGCAAGCCACCGGGAAAGGCCGGGGCUUGGUGGUGGUGGUGGUGGUAAGUUUUCUUUAAAGCGGCGGAGCGGGAGGCCUUCCUGGGCGCUCCGGAGAUGCAGCAGCGGCGGAAGUCGGUGUUCGCCUCGGCGCCGUUCGCGAUGAAGCAGGCGGCGCUGGGGGCCGGCGUGGCGGCGCGCAGGAACGGCGCGCCGCUGUCGCUGGCGGCGGUGGUGUUCGCGCUCUUCGUGUUCGCGACGUUCCUCUACAACGAGGACAUCAAGUCCAUCGCCGACUUCCCCUUCGGCGCCGGCGCGCUCCGCGCCAAGUCCCCCGACCUCCACGUCCUCCAGGAGACCGUGGGCGCCGCGCACCUCGCCGCCGGCAGCAUCGCCAAGCGCGGCGAGGAGGUCAUCGUCCGUGUCCUCGACGCGCCCGCCUCCACGGCGAUGGCGGCCGCCGCCGGCAGCAGCAGCAACAACAGCACGAUUGAGGUGGCCAAGGCCAAUGCCAACGCCAACGCCAACGCCGCCGACGCCGGUGUCAAGGUGGACGAGGGGCAGGAGAGGGAGCGGGACGUGACGCUCCCGAGUGUCAAGGAAGGCGGCGCCGACGAGGCGAGGCGGCGGGAGGACGAGGAGGCCGCCGAGAAGGAGUCCUCGGCGAAGGCCGCCGCGGCGACGGCGGCGCUGCGGACCGUGGUGAGCGUGCCGGACACCUGCGACCUGUACCGCGGCAACUGGGUGUACGACGAGGUGAACGCGCCGGUGUACAAGGAGUCGCAGUGCGAGUUCCUGACGGAGCAGGUCACCUGCAUGCGCAACGGCCGCCGCGACGACUCCUACCAGAAGUGGCGCUGGCAGCCGACCGACUGCGACCUGCCCCGGUUCGACGCGAGGCUGCUGCUGGAGCGGCUGCGCAACAAGCGGCUGAUGUUCGUGGGGGAUUCGCUGAACCGCAACCAGUGGGAGUCGAUGGUGUGCCUGGUCCAGUCCGUGAUCCCCAAGGGCAAGAAGACGCUCACCAAGUUCGUCAACGGCGGCAACAGCAACAUCUUCUACGCACACGAGUACAACGCGACGGUGGAGUUCUACUGGGCGCCGUUCCUGGUGGAGUCGAACUCGGACAACCCGCAGGUGCACAGCGUCCCCGACCGCGUCAUCCAGUGGCACUCCAUCGCCAAGCACGCGCACAACUGGCUCGGCGUCGACUACCUCAUCUUCAACACCUACAUCUGGUGGCUCAACACCCUCGACAUGAAAGUCCUGAAGGGGUCGUUCGACCAGGGUGCGACGGAGUACGUGGAGGUGGACCGGCCCGUGGCGUACAAGGAGGUGCUCAAGACGUGGGCGAAGUGGGUCGACCGCAACAUUGACCCCAACCGGACGACCGUCUUCUUCAUGAGCAUGUCUCCCAACCACAUCACGCCGGAGGCGUGGGGAAACUACGGAGGGAUCAAGUGCGCGAUGGAGACGCUGCCGAUCACGAACCGGACGACGUCGCUGGACGUGGGCACGGACUGGAGGCUGUACGCCGGGGCGCAGGAGGUGCUCCAGACGUUCCGCCGGGUGCCGGUGCACCUCGUCGACAUCACGGCGCUGUCGGAGCUCCGCAAGGAUGCGCACACGUCGGUGCACACGCUCCGGCAGGGGAAGCUGCUCACCCCCGAGCAGCAGUCCGACCCCAAGACGUACGCCGACUGCAUCCACUGGUGCCUCCCGGGCCUCCCCGACACCUGGAACCAGUUCCUCUACGCCCGCAUCGCCUCCGCCCCAUGGUCAUCCGACCAGUAGAAAAAGAGCCAAAUAAGGCUAGCUUCCAAGUGUUCUGCGAGACAAGAAAAGGAGCCAAGAACACCGUUGACACACCAUCGAUGCCCGCCGCCCGGCCGCGGCCACCUCACUUUUUCUUACUUUGGGUUACUUUUUUUUCUUCUCUUUUUUUCACCAUUUUUCUUUCUUUCUCUGGGGUUGCGUAAAGCUGUCUUGUGCUGUGUUUAACAUGUGAUUCUUUUGUUAAAAAAGAAAUGGAGGGUUUAGGAUGGUGAAGGAGGAUCUGUGGGCGGGCUGUGUUGACUAUAGCUCAUUUCUUGUCCUGCUGAUAAAGGAUGCAUGGAUAGGAGAAAGCAAAAAAAGGGUGUGAUGUGAGAUGUAAGGGGGGAAAGAAAAAGGGAGGGUUACAUGUAAAGAAUUUUUGUGUAUUACACCAUUCUAGUACAUUGAUGCUCAAGAGAGGUAUAAAGGCCACGAGGUGCAUCCGUUCUUCAA